CGGGCCCGACAGCGCCUGCGCACUGCGCCGCCGGCUAGAGUGCUGGGGGCGGGGCAGGGGCCGGUGUAGCCUCUGUGCCUCGUUGUCCCCUGGCGCUACCCGGACAUCGCUGAGGGUGCCGGCACCAUGAAGAUCUGGACUUCGGAGCACGUCUUUGACUGGUAUCCAAGUGAAGUCAUUCAUUGAUUCCUUCAACAUACAGAGAUGCCCAGUAUAUGUCAGGCACUGUUCUUUGGAUUGAUUACAUUUUAAUAAGUAAAUCAAGACAUCGAUGCUGCCCCAGUGGAGUUGAUAAUGUCCUCACUUCGUUUCAAAGGUGAAGAAGUUGGACAGCCACCCAUGGGAAACUGUUACAACAGCUGCAAUGCAGAAAUACCCAAACCCUAUGAACCCAAGUGUGGUUGGAGUUGAUGUGUUGGACAGACAUAUAGAUCCCUCUGGAAAGUUGCACAGCCACAGACUUCUCAGCACAGAGUGGGGACUGCCUUCCAUUGUGAAGUCUCUUAUUGGUGCAGCAAGAACGAAAACAUAUGUGCAAGAACAUUCUGUAGUUGAUCCUGUAGAGAAAACAAUGGAACUUAAAUCUACUAAUAUUUCAUUUACAAACAUGGUUUCAGUAGAUGAGAGACUUAUAUACAAACCACAUCCUCAGGAUCCAGACAAAACUGUUUUGACUCAAGAAGCCAUAAUCACUGUGAAAGGCGUUAGCCUCAGCAGUUACCUUGAAGGACUGAUGGCAAGUACGAUAUCCUCAAACGCUAGUAAAGGCCGAGAAGCAAUGGAAUGGGUAAUACAUAAAUUAAAUGCUGAGAUUGAAGAACUGACAGCCUCAGCAAGAGGAACCAUCAGGACUCCAAUGGCAGCAGCAGCGUUUGCAGAGAAGUGAUCAUGACAGUGGGUAGACAACAUCGGGUCCUCCAGGUCUCUCCAAGCUGACUAUAUAUUUAUUUGUUAUUUAAAAAAUACAACUAUAUUUUGGGGUUUUGUUUUUUGUUUUUUAUAAGUAGGUGUAAGGCUAUGUGACUUGAUCUAAACAGAUGCAGGGCCUCUAAAUAAAAGGGAUCAUCUGAAAUUAAUGUUGUUUGAAAUUACUAUCUUGAUUUUGAGGGUUCCAGUAUUUCUGUGAAAACUGAACAAGAACUUCUUGGAAACUGGUAUUGAUAUUCAGUCUCCUUAAGGUAGAAUUUUCAAGCUUUUCAUACAUUGGAACUCCACCUGACUUUGGACCAACCCCAGAACAGAGCAGAGCCACCUCCUAUAGACGCCCAUUGCCCUGCUGCUGUACACUUCAACAGCUUGCACAAGGGAGCUCACUUAAAAGGAGAAAUUGUGUAGUUGUAAAAUAUUUUUUGUGUAAAAUACCUUACUCUGCUAUAAACCACCAUUAAAAACCAGUGUUUUGAUUUGGUACUUAAAUAUUUUUGUAGUGAAAAAUUAUCACUGAAGUAACAUGACUCCAACAAAAGUAUGGUUUCAUUAUAAAAGAGUACUGUAUUGAUUUGCCAAAGUUUUGUGACUUAGUAAAGGUAUUAACUUCCUUGGAUUUGUACUUUGUGAUUUAGUAUGCUGUGUCGUGGGCUGGUUAUGUUAACCGAAAAAAAUAAAGUAAUUACCUGAGUUUUGCAGCACUCUAACUUAAACAGAAGAACAGCUGUUCACAUCUUUUAGCAUUUCACAUUUGCCUAACUUAAAAAUUGCCAUGUGUCAAAAUCAUGGUUUUGUAAUUGCUAAGGCAUAUGUCAGGUUAUUUGAAUAUAAUUACUUUUUGAAGUAAUUGUGACCACAAAACAUCUUUUUUACAUGAAGGAGCUGUACAUCAUUUGAAAUUACUCAAAUGAUGUCUUGCUCUGAGGCAUAAACCCCAGGUACUUAGUGUUUUUAAUAAUAUGGUGCCACUGCAGGAUUUGGGGGUGGUGGGGAAGAACAAGGAUAAUGGUAGGGGGAGGCUUGGCCUGAAACUAACCACUACGUGAAUUGCACUGCAGGUUUUACUUAUGGGAAUUCCUUAUUUGGGAUGACAGGAGAGCAGCUGCAAACUGAAAAACAAUCUAGUAAAUGUACUUUGUUUUAUAUAUUGUAGCAGGCAAUUAACCACUAAAUAAUAGCUUUGACAUUUGCAAUUGUUGCAUAGAGUAUUUUUGUUAGAUGAUUAGCUCUUGCCUUUAUUUUACAGUGCUUAGUGUGAUAAACUUCUAGUCAUGUUUCCUAUCAAAGAGACCAGUUAAUACAUGUACAUAAACCACAGAAAUAGUAUAACAAACUAUUUUUAAAUUAUCGUUUUCCUACUUAAACAUUGUUUAGCUUAAGAUUUCUUAGGACAUUUGUAAAAGCAGGUUAAAUUUAAUAAGGUUUCUGAUUAUUUUUUUGUAACCAGAGAGAGUUUUUACAAGUGAAAUAACGUUUCAGCUAAAUAAAAUAUCGCUAAAUAAUUGAUACUUGAUGAAAAUCUGCUUUGUAUAAUUUCUGCAAAUUAUCCUUUUUCUGAAAAAGGUGUAAUGACCUAAUGAUAGAGAUUUUUAAAUCCUUAUCCUUUGAUUUUUUUUAAACUCUGACCUAAUGAUAAAACUCCAUAAAUUUUCAUUUUCCAGUGCAGUUAAACAUAAAUGCACAACAAGCAAAUGAAUUUAAGAGAACUAAACUGGAAUAAGUGUUCAUAAAUGAAACCCUUGGACUAUUUAAUACUAAAGUUGAUAUGUGGAUUAAGAAAAACUUUUGUUAAUAAAAACUUUCUUUUAAGUGA